AUGACUAGUCGGAGGAUAAAUGGCUCCAAUACAACUCCUACGUAUGUUGGUGAGGCUUCAUCCGUGUUUACUUUAAAACUGCAUAUUGGUGGUAAUUUGGUAUGGAAGCGAAAAGUUGAGUAUAGGGAGGGUUUUGUUGAGUAUUUUGAUCAUUUCAACACUGAAGAGGGAAGCUUACUGGAUUUAAGAAGGAUGGUAAAACAACUAAGGUUUUGUGAUAAAAAUGUCCAAUUCUGGGUUAAGAAAAAGGGUAGAAAAAAUGCAAAAAAACUUGAACUGAGCAAACUGACCAGUGAUGCAGAUAUUAUAGUUCUUGAUUUAGAGGUUCCAACAAACAAGGAGUUGGAUAUUUAUGUUGAACAUUUGUAUGAUGAUCAAUGGGAUUAUGAAGUAGAGAUAUCAAGGACUUUGGGAGAUGAUGCACUGUUGAAUGAUGGGAUAGAUGAGACAAGUGAACAAAGAUCUGAGGGGGAAGUAAAUGGACCAGAAUCUUUGUUUGAAGAAGUUGAGGUAGAAGUUAAUGGUCCUCGUCCUAGUUCUAAGCAGGUGAACAAUGAUGAGGUACAAGUUGAUGAAGUUGAUUGUGUAGUUUCUGAAGACAUUUUUAGGAGUUUAGCUGAUUCAGAUUUUGAGAGGGAAGUGAAUGGUCCUGAAACUGUUUUCCAAGAAAGAAACCUGAAAAAAGAAGGUUUUAAGUUUGUUUUGGGAAUGAUUUUUAAAUCUGCCUCAGAGUUUAAGUGGGCUGUAAAGUAUCAUGAGGCAAUGAGAAGAAAAGAUAUUAAAUUUGCAAAGAAUGAGGGCAGAAGGGUAAGGGUUUAUUGUAGACACUCAGACAUCUGCAGCUGGAUAAUGUUUGCCUCAAGAAACAAUCCUAGAUGUCCAUUUCAAAUUAAAACAUACAACCCUGAACACACAUGUGGGGACCAAGAUGAAAACAAAACUGUUAAUUCAGGAUUCCUUGCUAAGUUGUACAAAGAUGAUUUUAGAUUGAAUAUGGACUGGGGGAGAAGACAAUUUCAAGAGCAUGUGAAAGAGAAAUUACAUUGUCAAGUUACAAAACAUCAGGCUUAUAGGGCUAAGCAUAAGGUUAGAAAGGAGCUGGAAGGUCAAGAUUCUGAACAGUUCAAGAUGUUGAAUGAUUAUUGUGAUGAAUUAAAGAGAAGCAACCUGGGAGGUAGUCAGAAGGGAGGGCAACUAUUAAGUGCUAUUGGUCUUGAUGGAGAUAAUUGCAUAUUUCCUAUAGCCUUUGCUGUUGUUGAGGGAGAAUUAAAGGAAAGUUGGACAUGGUUUUUAAAACUGCUGGACAAUGAUUUGAACAUAGGAAGUAAUCCUCAUGCCUGGACUAUUAUAUCAGAUAAACAGAAGGGUCUGUUACUAGCUAUAGAAGAAUUGUUUACUGGAUUGGAGCAUAGGUUCUGUGUAAGGCAUAUGCAUGCCAACUUUCUGAAGGAUGGCUUUACUGCAAAUGUUCUGAAGUUAAAAUUGUGGGCUGUGUGUAAAGCUACAACUGAGGCAUAUUUUAAAAGGUAUAUGGAGGAAUUAAAGGAAGAACUCAUGCAAUGGGAUCUCAGUCUGCACAACCACUUCAAAACCAGGUUCCACACCAGUCUACCUUUAUUGCUGCACAAGUUUCUAGUUCAACUGUUGCUCCUAAGAUUCUGA